AUGGAUUCCUGGACGUUUCAAACCAUUCGUCGUGGUGACCCGCAAUACGAAGACGCACGAUGCGGUGCAGUCUGGAAUGGCAGAGUUCCAGAUCGAUACCCCCAACUGAUCACCUACCCUGAGAAUGAUGCCCAUGUCCAAGCCAUCGUGCAAUACGCAAAGGCAAAUAAAAUGAGCAUCGGAACCAAGUCAGGUGGUCAUUCCUGGACAGCCUCCUUUCUCCGAGAUGGUGGAAUCAUGGUCGAUCUUGCGAAAAUGAACAACUUCACAUUUGACGUGAAAACCCGUACUGCCGUUGCCCAACCUGCAGCGUAUGGCUCGGACCUCAAUGCGGCCCUCGUCCCGCAUAACCUCAUGUUUCCUGCUGGACAUUGCCCGACUGUCGGGCUGGGAGGUUUCCUGCUACAGGGUGGCUUCGGAUGGAACUCUCGCAAAUGGGGUGUCGCAUGCGAAAGCGUCACAGCGAUAGACGUGGUCACGGCAGAUGGCCACCUUAUUCACGCAAGCCCAACCCAGAACACUGAGUAUUAUUGGGCUAGUCGUGGUGCUGGGUGUGGCUACUUCGGUCUCAUUACGUGCUUCUAUCUUAAGCUCCAUACACUUCCUCAGGGAAUCAUGACCGCACGUUAUAUCUUCGAGACCUCCGACCUAGACGAUGUACUUGCUGCUAUCGACGCCGUAUCCGAGUCUGUUUCUCCGGAUCUUGAAAUCGGAUUCUUUGUUGCGCGUGAUCAGGAUGGUAUCAUCGGUCGGCCGACACUUGCAAUCACGGCAGAUGCGCUUUCCGACACGGAAGAAGAGGCCCGGGCUGCUUUGGAUUUAUUACACAAUCUACCUGUGAUGAAGAAAUCAAUCAAAUCAGCUCCCUUUGUUAGUUGCACGUUACGGGAAAUGCUCAAGCGAUUCGAUGAUAUUCUCGACAACCGCGGAAGACGAUAUGAGGCUAAUAACCUAUGGACGGAUCUACCUGUCACCGAUCUGCUCCCCAAUUUCCACAAGAUCAUCGAAGCGCUUCCUCCAGCACCUUCUCAUCUCUACAUGAUGUGGUGGCUCCCAAUUAAAGGUCGUCCUGAGAUGGCGUUCUCCAUGGAGGCGCGUCUUUAUGUCGCUCUCUACGCGAUUUCCACGGAUAUGGGGCAGGAUACUAAGAACUCUGGAUACGUAAUUUCUUCUUUGGAGAAGAUGGAGCACUUGAGAAAAGGUAUUCAACUCGCCGAUGAGAACCUACCGGGCCAUCCUGGAAAGUUCAUGCGCACCCAGAACUAUGUCAGGUUGGAGAAGUUGCGCCAGAAAUACGAUCCAGAGGGUCGAUUCUAUGGCUAUAUUCGAGUACCACCCGAGUUUGAAGCUGCGUUUUCUUCACUGUGA